GGUUUUCCGGUUUGCAUCAACACCCUUUGAAAUAAUCAUUUAUUAAUGCAACUUAAAAGGUGAACCACAUUCCCCAUUGGAGACACAACAGGACACCAGAGAGAUCACACAGGACACCGGAGAGAUCACACAAUUGAUCACAAAACUAUCAAGAAAUAGGAGGAAGACAAGAAGGGCAAAAAGAAAGAAGAUACAAACACAGAUAUUAAAUACAGAAUCACUAUCACAAAACUCAAUAAUUAAUUUAAGUAAAACGAAUUUGACAUCAUCCCAGGUGUCACUAUUGAACAAGGGUCUCAAAUUUGCUCCAAGCUCACGGCUGAGCAGGUUUGAUACCUAUGUGGGAAUUGAAAAAUUUAUAAGGAGAAUUUGCCUUAAAAAGUAUUUCCUGAAGAACCCAACCAGUCCCAAUGUUCAGGUGACACCAGGUUUUAUCCAUACUGAACUGAGAGCUAAAUCAAUUAAAUAUCCUAGAAACGAAAUCAGCCCUGAAAUAGAGGCUUUUAUAAAAAAAAUUGAACGGGACAUUAGACUCAUGAAUGAUGGGAAUAAGAAAAUACCAAAUCUCUCCAAUCAGGAAAUUGCAGCUAUUAAAUCGCUCCAGAAGAAUGAUGCGAUCACUAUUCGCCCCGCGGAUAAAGGCGGAGCAAUAGUCAUCCUCAAUACGGAGGAUUAUAAUAGAGAAUGCUGCAGACAACUGACAGAUGUGGAAGUUUAUACUAGACUGACUAUGGAUCCAAUUAAUGAAUUUUAUCCACAGCUGGUCAAACUAUGUGAGAAGGGGGCUGGUGCGAACAUCCUAUUGGAGAGUGAGGCGAAAUUUAUAUUAAAUACGCAAUGUAGACUUCCGGUUUUUAACUAUCUACCGAAGGUAGAUAAAUGUCUCACAGCACCUCCUGGUCGUCCCAUAAUUUCUGGGAUUAAUUCCCUGACGGCCAAUCUCUCACAAUAUGUUGAUCACCAACUGCAGCCGAUAGUAAAAGAUACAAAAUGCUAUUUAAAGAAUACCACACAAAUAAUUAAAAUUCUGGAAAAUCUUACAAUUGACCAUGACUGUACACUUAGUACGUUGGAUGUUCAAUCUUUGUAUACAUCCAUUAGACACGAGCAAGGACUACAGGCAUUGUCAUCUCAAAUGCACAAAAGUGGCCGGUUUAAAUCCAUACAGAUAGAUUUUAUACUGGAGGCAGUGAAUUUUAUUCUUAAGCACAAUUAUUUUGUGUUUAACACAGAUUUUUUUUUACAGAAGUCUGGUACCGCGAUGGGCACCAGAUUCGCCCCCAGUUAUGCAAAUAUAUUUAUGUCGGAUUGGGAGGAUGAAGUUAUCCUGCCAAAACUGGGGGCGGAUCUGGUGCUCUGGAAACGGUAUAUAGACGAUGUCGUUUUUAUUUGGAGGGGGUCAGAUCUGGCAUUGAAUUCUUUUUUAGCCGAGAUUAAUCGCAAUAAUUUGAACCUCCAUUUUACAUCCAACAUCAGUAAAACUCAUAUUGAAUUUUAAAAUUUAAAAAUUGAUAUUAAUCUGGACAAAUUGACCUGCAGCACAUAUCAUAAACCAACAGCCAAGAA